UAAGAAUUUCUUCACCCCCGAUCUUUGACAUCAACGGUGGAGGGACUGACCAAAAUACCCCUAUUGCCUCACUUUUGGUUGAACGAGAAUUACUGACGGCAUUAUUUAGGCGUAAAGCCUUCAUUAUUGUUGGCUACAUAGAGAUCGAUAGAAGCAGCAUCACCUCUUGCACUGGGCUGAGUGAUUGCUUCGUCUUGUGGCCAAGGGUGAUACCGCUACCUUCGAUUGAACUGGUGCGGUUAGCAACCAGCUAUCCAGAAGAGAAACCAGAGGAAACAAGGGGUUGCAACACAUCCCUCGAAGCAUUGGAAUUGCUACCGGUACCCUCCAUCAGAAUCUGGGUAUCCACUGGGUUCUGCAGCCAUCAUGUUCGGUGCUACCACCAGGGUAUUGCUGCCCAGGCAGAAAAAAAUGUGGAAAAUGCAAAGCCUAAUCCUCUUGGCUGGAAGCACUGCUGCAGCCACAGUGAUGCAAUCUGCUUCUACCAACAAGAAUACCACCAAGAAAGAGAACCGAGAAGCCCCAGCUUAUUACUACUGUGGCACACCCAUUGGACGAUGGAACCAUUCGAACCACGACAAGCUUCCACAGUCGCUGCUCCUUAGCCGGAAAGCCAACUGCGAAGCUGCCGCCAGUGAGAUGCCCCCCAACAUGGCGACGGUGGAUGAUGACGACGACGACGACAACCUCGAAGUCAUGACGGAGGAAGAAUCCUACUUUCUUACCAAGCUCGCACUCUACAGUCGUUGGUUAAAUGAAAUCAAAAAGCAAUGGAAGAUAUCGUCUCCGGCAUCCAUUAAAUGGCCCAACAACAUUCCCCAAGCACGAGAUGUCUCGGCCCUGGAAACAGAUCUACAGAACUACCUCAAAGGUGGCGACACCAAAAUGCGCCAAGAUUUGGAGUUCCGGCUUGCAUCCUACUAUCUCUUUGAAGAAACAUCGUUGGAAAAGCAACGAAAGGGCUUUCAGAUUGUCAUUAAAUUAGCCGUCGCUGGACAUCCAGAUGGACUGUGCUUGUAUGCAAUGGUCUGGAAUCAAGGGGGUGCAGGGAUUGAAGCCAAGCCUCACUUGGCUGUCAAGUACUGGAGACAAGCAGCCGAUGCAGGUCAUUUGGCAAGCAUGUACGAACUGGCCUGUUCCUUGUACAUGGGAGACGGGACGGUGGAGGAUCCCAGACAAGCCGUCCAGUACUUUAUCAAGGCUGCCGAUUUGGGACAUUCCGGUGCCGCCUACCUUCUGGCAGAUUGCUACCUCGACGGUGUCGGUGUAGAACGAAGCCGUGGCAAGGCCUUGGAAUGGCUCAUGGCAGCUGCUGAAAUGGGUCACCGUCAAGCUCAACGACGAGCCGAAGCACUCUUGGCUGACGACGGUUCUGACGAGGAACAGAGCGAGGAUGAGGCCAUGAGAUGGGGAGGAGAAGACUUGGUAGCCCACAGCAGGAAUGACUGGUAUCAAGAGGUGCCGUUGGAACGGCGCUUCUCGAUAGGAGGUGGCAGCCGGAACCCGUUGAUUCUAUUCCGACGAAAGACUGCCGUGGCGGAAAGCCGACAAUCUGAGAACUGAUCUUGUUCACUCACCUGCACGGGAUGUGAUGACGCCCUCUACGCUUACACUGUUUACGUGUACAUUAUGCGCAUUUUAGACUGGAUACGGCAUUAGUAUAGACGAUUUAACACGUGUUAAUAAAACGCUAGUAGUACUCAAGUUAUCAAGG